AUGAGUUCUACACCGCAUACCAGUGAUGCGCCCGAUACAGGGCGGCCGCUCCUUUUUGCCCCUCCCGAUGCAAAUGGAGUAGAAGGCUGUACAGGCCUGCCGAUGGCCACACCCGCGUCUACCGUAACUCAGCCGCAGCCGCAGGACAGUGCCAUGGAGGACUCCCAGUCCCCUGUUGACCAGCAGCUGAAUGCUACUGCUGAGACACUUGAACCUGGCAUCAAGCCAGAAGGCGAUUUCGAGAGCGACACCGAGUCAGCUACGAGUGACAACGACGAUUCCGACUACGUCGAUGAUGAGGUUUCUGAUUCGGAUUCAAACGAUCUUUUAUCUCCUUCCAACGACUCAUUGUCCAAGCAAAGAGACGAAGUCUCUCUAAAUAUUGAAGCUCACUUGAAAGAGCUCGAAGUUGAGAAGGGUAAGCUCGUGUUCCUUUCUCAGUUUACUUGUCUCCUAGAACAUCAAGAGGAACGGCUAGAGUUCCUCGAAAGCGAGAUUUACAAAGAGAAAGAAGAGCAGGCGGCGCUGAAUACCCCAACGAUCGAGAAGCCCAAGCGCCGGCGACCCAUCAAGAACGUUCGAGAAUACUUUGCCAGAAAGCAUGGAGACGAAGACAAGCGGGCCGCCAAGAAUGCGAACAAGAAGCGCAAAGGAAGCGCGAAAGGGGGAGUAAGAAAGAAAAGAAAGACGACAGCCAAGAAUAAUACGAUUGACGAGAAGGGAAGCGCUCAGAAAAUGGACAGAAUCUUCGAUAGUACGAACGACAUCGAAGGUGCCAUUGCUGAAAACAGCGCACCAGUCAUGCCCGGAGUUCAUGCGACCACCAAAAAAGAACUCUUGGACCAUUUCAAGAGUAGUAUCCCAGAAGGCAGCGAUGUUCGGCGCGUCAAGACACAAGCGAGAGACCUUGAAGAAGCCUGGAAAAUGUUUGGUCCCAGAACAAUCACUGCCGCAGGUGACCGUUGCUUCAUGAAGGGCAUGAACUUUGGCCUGUUGGACUACCAGCUCAUGGCCCUUGGCUGGAUGAUGUCCAGAGAAUUUGGACGAACACUCCUGCACGGUGGCAUUUUGGCAGAUGCUCCGGGUUUGGGAAAGGCAGUCACCAGUCUCGCUACGAUCAUUGGCAAUCCUCCGGAUGACGACCCGGACAAUACGUUCUGCAACGCGACCAUCAUUGUGGUACCAAACAAAGACAUCGUCGACCAAUGGUACCAAGAAGUGCGAAAGCACUGCCAACCGCCUUUUUCUAAAUGGGUCAUGAAGUACUCUCGCAGCAGGGACACCCCUCUCGAGCAGGUGGAAGACCAGUUGAUCGUGAUUACCACCUACCACACGAUCACGCAAGAGCUUCCCAAGAAGGCAAUCAAGAACAACGGUACCCGAGUCAAACUUGCCUGCUGCAUGCUCAAAGGUAAGUAUCAUUGGGCACUGACUGGUACUCCAUUGUCCAACAACUUGGAAGAGAUGUUCCCGUACCUCCAAUUCACCGGUUGCAAGUUCACCAGAAACAUUCGCGAUUUCAAGAACAAGUACAUCGGGGAGGAAAACAACGAUAACUUGGAGACACUCAUCUCAAUGAUCAUGUUGCGACGAACAAACCAGGAUACCUUCCUGGGUCACAAGGUUCUACCUCUUCCCAAGGCUCAUGCUCACGACAUCAAGGUUUCUCUUUCGGUAAAGGAAACAGCCAUCUACGAUGUCAUCCACUGGUACUAUGAGAGAAUCAUCGGGACUAUGAAAAGAAAACUGAAAAAUGGAGGUGAUUCGAACCUGACGCAAAAGAUCGAGAAGGUCAAAUUGGCUCGCCAAUUGCGUCUUCGACAGGUCACGUCCCAUCCGUUCACGAUCGAGAAGAUUAUUCAAGAGAAACUUCGCGGGGAUGGCAUUGUGGGUAUUCAACGUGAACACAACAAAGCCAAGGGCAUCCUUCCGAUUGUAGAAAGUCUGAAAGAUGGCGACAAGGGAUCUCAUGGGCUUGCGCGUUUCAAUCUCGGCAUGGAGCAUCUAGAGGCCUUAGAAGAUGAGGCCUUUGGCGGCAAUUUGGACAUGGACGACCUUCUUAAGCUGGCUCUGAAUGAGGUAAAGAUUCGUGGCAUCGCUUGUGGUCUUUGCAAGAAGGCGAAACCACCAGUGAAGCCAGUCCGAUCUGCUAACUGCGAGCAUUUGUUUUGCGAGAGCUGUCUUAUCAAAGCUCUCAGCCAUGACAAGGGAGGCCGGCUUAAAACCGAUGUUGAAUGCCCCAAAGACAAAUGUGACGCCAAACUGGAGUUUGGCGAACGUGUCGACACAUUGGUCGAUGUUCAGGAUCGAGUGAAAGACGAUCGUCAUUUCACAGAACCUGGACGAGAUAUCAACAAUGCUCGGCCUCUUCGCAAACCAUGCGAGAACGGUUUCUUCAUUGCAUCAAGCCUCGAAAGCUCCUCAAUCACACCAAGCUUGAAAAUUACCACCGCCAUGGCUGUCUUCUUCACCCAAUUCAUCAUGACUGGUAAAGUGAUGGGCCGCAUGCUCGAAAAGUUUGGUGCCAAGUUUGCAUACUACUAUUCAUCCGGCUUCAGUGACGCUCAACGAUCGAAAUCGAUCAAUUCUUUCAAGACUCAUGCAGACUGCAAGGUCCUGAUUGCUGGCCUGGGAUGCGGCGCUCAGUCGCUGAACCUCACUAUUGCCAACCGGGUUCUCAGCAUCGAGCCGUGGUGGAAUCGGACCAGAGAGCUGCAAGCCUUUGGCCGUGUUCACCGUAUGGGACAGGAAAAGGAAUGUACCUUUGUCCACAUAAUGACACAAAAGUUCAUUGACAGUCGCAUUGACGAGCUCCAGCUACAAAAGCAAGAGAUCAUCGAUAGAGCUCUGCAAGAUGAUGGACAUGUUCCCACCACCUUGAGUGACUUGCAGCUCCAUCAACUUAUUGAUCCGGACAGCAACCCCGAAACAUUUGCUCAGGAAAUCGAGCAAGCUUUGGAAGAGGCCGAUGAACUGGAGCAGGGCGGCGAAGAUCAAGCGUCUCAUCGGAACGGCGCGACUCCAUGGAUGAUCAGGGGCAUAUCAAAGGAGUCUUUCAAUUUUCGGGGAAAUUCUUGUGGUAUUUGA